GUGCAUGCAUUGUGAAGCAUCUGAAUGCAAUUUGGAAUUGUGCUCAAGUGAGUCCGUCAGACCUCCUUCACGGAUUUCGGUCACAACUUUUUCACAUUGCCCAAGACAUGUUUCCCAAUGUUCCAGUUGCUCCAGUUGGACCCAUGUGGACGUGUUUGAAAUACCCAGAUGGCACACAGGUCCAUGUCCAAGUUCAGUCCCAGACCACUCUUGUUGAGCUGUUCCAAGCCGAGCUUGCCUUGACCCAGGACGCCCCUGAUGGGGAAUGGUUCGAUGAUGUCACUGGUGCCCCUUUGGACUUCAAUGCUCAGGUGGGAGGUAGAUGUGUCCGGGUUGUGGUCAAGUCAGCCACGGCCGAAAGGUCUGCCAGUUCAUACUCCUUGACCCAUGCACAGUUGGCACAAAUCCCUCUGGAUUUUGGGGAUGACCCAUCCGAAAAUGAAGUUGAACCUGAACCAAUGCCAAGUGAUGUUGAUGCCACAAUGUGUCCCGAGCCAUCGACUGCUGCGGUUCCCAUUCAUGAAGUUGCCCAGCCGUCUUGCCACAGCGAUGUCAGUGCUAAUCCAGGCCAUGUCAUGGACACGUUGUUUGGACUUCGUCGGUUGUUUGGGAUCCAACUUGCCGCUAUCUUGCCACCUCUUGUGUCCAACCAACAGGUGUGUGACAACUAUCGUCAGGUCACUGUCCAUGGUCCCUCCCGUCUUGAAGUCCUUGCCAAUGAAGGGUGUGCUAUGGGUGAUGACGAGUUGGUGCUCCAUCUUCGUGCUUGCCUGUUGUUGUCUGGCCGUACUGAUGUUCAGUUGCUUGACCCCUUGUUGGCAUCCAGUUGGCAGAAAGGAGGAUCGGUUGACGACGUGCGUGCUUGGGCUAGCCAGUUUUGUGACUUGAAAAGCAUUGCAUUCAAUCGCCCCAUGUUCAGCCUGGCCUGCACACGCCGAUCGUUCAGUCGAGGGUUUUGCGGAGCUGCUGCCAUUGCUUUCUUGUCUCACCGCCUUUUGGGUAAAGAUCUGCCACAGACUGAAGAUGCCCUUGGUGAUAUGCACCGUGACCUCAAAGAAAGCUUUGCUGCAGCAUGUCAUGAUGUAGUUUCUUUGCCGAAACCAUGGUGUUGGGGAUUGGGUACCAUUGAUGUGCAGAGCCUCACGGUGGACUUGUUGAGCGCUCAUGGAGUUCCUCCUGCGCAGUGCCAAAUGCGUGCCAAGUUGGUUGUUCAAGCCCUUGGGAAGAACGAAGUCCAUGCUGCCAUUACUGGAACUGCUCCUUGGAGAUCCUUGAAAGCCCUUUCCAAUCAACAAUCGCCGCCCUUGCAGCUUGUGUUGCCUGAUGAGUUGAACCAACACAAUGCGAAAAAGCCAGCCUCCAAGCCCAAGAAACAUGCCAGGAACACACCAUUGCCCGCUCGCCCAGCUGAGCUUGACCCAGCCAAACUUGUCAUUGAACAUGGAGCAUUCUGUGUUGGUCAGGAUGAACCACUGCCGCAAUUGUCCUUUGCCUCAGUUGGCCCACUUGUGAGCGGGGUUGCCUUGACGACGUACUCUGAAGCCAGCCACUUUCUCCAAAAUGGAAAGCUGCUCACGGCUCAUGGACUUGCCUUGCUUGUGUUGAAUCCGCCACAAGACUUUCACACUCAGCUUGAUUGGAUGACCCUCAGGUUUGCAGCUCGAUGCAGUGUCAACCAUGAACCCAUGUUGGUGUCGGGGAUCCUUGUCCAACUUGGUCAGUCUCAGGUUUACCAAUACAAGGCGAAAGACAUCCCUGCCAUCAUGUCCGUCGAAGUUGCCUGUGCCAGAGUGUCCGUCUUUCAGGACAUGUGGGAAGGUAGUUGGGAAGACUUUGCCAGCCGCCCAGUCAAACAUGUGUUAGGUGUCCUUCCUUGCCUGCACACCUGUCGCAAUGCCGAAGGUUGCUCUUGCAAGAGCUGGCACCCGCCGAGUGACCAGCCACAUGAUGCAUUGCUUGAUGUGUUCAGACGCCAGUUUUUUACUGAUGCCGGCCGGCCCACCAAAUGGGAGAAGGCCACCCACUUCUCUGUGCUCAUCAGGUAUGUGAAGCAGCUUGAGACUCAGGUGCUACGUGCCAGUGCCCUGCAUGGGGUUUUCAUUGAACCCAAAACAGAGGAUGCCCUUCGACCUCAUGAUGACUUUCAGGUUGUCUGGCUGCCACAGAUGGACUUUGCUGCAGUUGCCCAUCGAGCCCAGUGUGAAGUCGAUUGCCUUGGAGUUGCACGUUCAGGCCGGAGAUUUGGACUUCGUGUUCAUGUCAAAAACUUUCAGCGGGUCUUCACCAGUGCCAAACCUGAUGCAGUGUACCUUGCCCCUGGCAACAGACUGAGCUUCCAAUGCGGGCCCUGGCCCUUUGGCUCAGACAGGAAGAACAUUGCACGUGCCUUGAAGGCCACAGACACGAAGGUUGUUGGCCAAGCCACAACUGUGGCACUUUGCCGCCCUGCAGAUGGAGCUGUUGACCCAUGGUUGGCCCAGGAUCCUUGGUCCAAAGCAGUUACUCAGACUGCUCCCCAACCUGCCCAACAACCUGCUCCCAAUGUUUUGCAUGAGUUGGAACAGCGUCUGGAAAAGACCUUGCUUGACAGGUUGCCGGUGUCUGAUCGCAUGGAAGUUGAUGGCCAAGACCAAAGACUUCAGGUCCUUGAGCAGCAGGUUCAGCAGCUUGCUUCACGCCAGACCAGUUUGGAGCACACUGUCCAGGACAACCAUCAGCAGAACACAGCACAGGUCCAAUCGCUCCAGCAGCAGAUGAAGGUGCAGCUUGACAUGCAGUCACAGCAGAUGCAGUCGAUGCUGACUGACCAGAUGACAAGGACGACCACCAGUGACGCAGGACAGUGGGCUGGUGUGGCCUUCACAUCCACUGUCCCUUGCAGAAAUGUCUAUGAAACAGGCCGGAUCCAAUUUGGAACGUUCCUCACUUCCGCCUCCUGGGUGACGGGGGCUGUCGUGUAUGGGUAUCCUGAAGGACGUACUCACCCGUUUGCUCAUGAGAAAACAGAACAGCUGCUGGAUUUUGCUUUUGAUCGGCUCUCCAUGCAACCAGGUCCUCGGUUCAUGGCAGGUGAUUGGAAUUUUGCACCUGAGGCUUUGCAGGUUUCCCAGAAGCUGUCUGAUGCUGGGUGGGUUGAAGUACAGAACCUCUGGAGAUCACAGACAGGUGCAGACAUUCAAAUGACGUGCAAGCAGGUGUCUCACAAGGACUUUCUUUGGAUUUCACCGGAACUUGCAUUGGGGUUUCAGCCUAUUAGUGUUGAUCACCAUGUCUUUGCCGAUCACUCAGUUUUGAUAGCACACUUUGCUGGUGGCCGAUCACAAGUUGAAAGGUUUGUCUGGCCGUGCCCAAAGCCCGUUCCUUGGACUCAACUCCCCCCCCUUGAGCAGGCUGUUGACUUUGCGUCCCCAUUGGAUCCUACCCAGCAAUAUGCCGACCUGUGGCGAUGCAAAGAAGCUCUUGCCAAGGCACACCUUGGUGCUGAAUGGAUGCCAAGCAUGCAAGGACGUGGACAACAGACCCAGCCACGCCGGACUGUUGGCUGCCAAGCACCCCUGAAACAAGGCCGUAGCCAAGAUGUUCAACCUGCUUUCUUUGGAUUUUCUGCCAUCCAUGCCAAACAAUUCAAACAAGUGCGGAGGUUACAAAACUACUGUCGUUGGGUUGACAACCGCACUAGUCACACUGCCCAGGACAUGCUGCAUGGUGUUGGUCUUUGGAACUCCAUCUUGAAAGCCACUGGAUUUUGGCCUUCCUUUCAGUCUUGGUGGCCUGGUAGACAGUAUGUUUGUCCGCUUGAUCCUGCUCACAUUCCUGUGCAUUGUCCGUCGUCUGCUGUUGCUCAUCAGAUCUAUGAUGCUGUCCUUGCGGAAGUCCGGCUUCUGGAACAACGUCUUGUCCUGUCCAAGCAGAGCUAUCGUCAUGCCAGGCAUGAACGAGACAAGCACUUGAUUUUCCGCGAGGUUGCACGAACACCAGCAGCCCCUGUUGAAACCCUUGUGCACCGUGUUGACGCUGUGGUCACACAAGUUGACGUUGAUGAAUCCGCAGUUGAACUUGACAAGCCUGUGGAAUGCCUGCCCUCUGAGCCCUUAUGGAUUUCCGGGGUAGCUCAUGACAUCAUCCAUGCCGACCAUGACAAGGUGUGGAUUGAAGAUGUUAGUGGAAUUUCCCCUCAAGACAAAGUUGUCCAGAGCAAGCAUGUUGGUGACCUUCGGGCCAUCUUCCAGGCCUUCCAUGAGCAGUGGAAAAUUCGAUGGUGUCGGCACGAUCAGGUUCCUUUCACCCAUUGGGCUGAGUUGAUUGCGUUUGCACGGCGGGUCAUCAACCCUUCUCCGAUUCCCCACCUGUCCGUUGAUGCUGCCCUUCUCCAAGCUGAAGGCUUCAAGAAAAAGAAAAAAGCUGCCACUGGAUUGGAUGGUGUUAGUCGGCUGGACAUUGUGCAAGCUGACCACAACACGCUUCACAGCCUAGCCCAGCUCUACCUCAGAGCCGAAGCAUCAGAUCUCUGGGCUCAUCUUCUUCAGCAGAUUGAGUCUGCCUAUGCCUCAUCUGAAGCUUUGUCUGGGGUGUGCGCUGACCUUGAGAAGUGUUUCAAUUGCAUCCCUCGCUUUCCGGCCUUGUGUCUGGCGGUUUUGGUUGGUACACCUGACUCUGUCACGACAGCUUGGGCAGGUGCUUUGGCUAGCAUGUGCAGGCACUUCAAGGUUAGGGACUCCUACUCAGAUGGAUUUCUCACCUCAACUGGGUUGGCUGAAGGGUGUGGACUUUCAGUCUUUGGGAUGCUCCUGGUUGAUCACCUUUUUGCUGUUUGGAUGAAAGUUCAGGCACCUUCCAUCUGCUGUCUGACCUACGUUGAUGAUUGGCAGGCCAUCACACGUGACCCCCAGUUUGCGGUGCGUCAGCUUGAACUUGUUGAAUCCUUUGCGUCCAUGAUUGAUCUCACGGUUGAUCGGAAAAAGACCUUUGGUUGGUCCACUUGCCCAGAAGUGAGAAGAGCCCUUCGUGACCAUGGAGUUAAGGUCUUACACCAUGCCAGGGAACUUGGUGGGCAUCUUGGGGUGUCACGACAGUACACCAACAGAACCCUCACUCAGCGCAUUGCCGAUCUUGAUGAUUUCUGGAGCAAACUUCGCUCCUGCCGAGCAGGAUUCACUGCCAAGACGUUCAUGUUGCGUGCUGUCGCUUGGCCGCGUGGCCUCCAUGCUGUUGCCAGUGCCCCGGUUGGUGACCAGAUUUGGGUUAACCUUCGCAGAUGUGCCGUGAAAGCCCUUGGCAUGCAGAAGCCUGGUGUCAACCCGUCUGUCCUCCUUGGUCUUGUCACCCCUGGGCUUGACCCUCAGCUUACUGCCGUUCUUUGGACUUUUCGGUCACUCCGUGUGCAUUGUCCAGUGGACUUUUGGCUCUCCUCUGUCUCGCCUGUGGCUCAUGGGGACUUGGACUUACCCCCUAACUCCCUGGCCUCUCGCUUGGCAAGGAUGACCAAGCCAUGUACCGUCUUGGACUUGCUGGUGGAUUGUUCACUGAUCGGUACAAAUCGAAAUGGACCCAACAAUCUGAAGCGUGCCGGUGGUGUGGUGCUGUUGACACUUUGUUUCAUCGGUAUUGGGAAUGCCCACAACACCAUGAUUUACGACUGUCUCUGGCACCCGAUCUCCCCGCCAUUGUGGAUUCCAUUCCUGCAGCUUUGA